AUGCAGGAGAGGGAUGUGGGAUGGCCUGGCCCUCAGAGGACCCACACAGGCUCUGAUUGGCUGAGUCCGAGCCUCAGGUCUGUGCUCAACUACCAGGAGGAAGGCUUGCCUUUGGAAGAAGGUUCAGUUGGCCCGUCUCGGUUGGACAUCAUGCUGCAGAGAGGUCUCAGGUGUCUGGCGAGGCACCGACAGGCAGCACGCCUUCUCCCAGCCCUGGCUGGCCAGCCCCGGAUGCUCUGGUCAGCCUGGAUGCCAGCCCCACUCAUCACCGCCUCAAGAAGUCACCUCCAUUCCGAUUCAAAGGAUUAUUCCUUCCCGAACUCCGGCUGGAGCCCCAUCAUGGUGAGGCUGUACAAUGAACUCAUGGAGAAGACUGUGGAUGGGACGUGGACACGACUUCCCGGUUACUGUCACUCUUGGCAGUUCCUUAAAGAGGGAGACCUAGCUAGGAUCGCUAAAGUUGUCCCUGUUCAAAAGGUAGAAGACGCCCGCCUCUUUCUCCGGAUCACAGAGAUGGAGAGACUCGGCUUUGAGUAUGUCGUCUUCCACAAUGAUUCCGAGAAGAAGUGCGUCUGCUUGUUCCAGCCUGGGCCCCUCCUGGAGGGGCUGCCUGGCAUUAUCCAUGGUGGCGCGCUGGGGACCAUGAUAGACACCACGCUGUUCAUGACGGCGUACUGCAGUGCCAAUGCAGUCUUUACCGGGACCAUGACCAUCACCUUCAAGAGCCCGAUCACCCUCGGCUCAGUGGUGAGGCUGGAGGCAAACAUCACUGGCAUGGAAGGAAGAAAGGUGUUUCUCUCUUGUGAAGCCCAAAGCAGCGACAGGACCAUCCUCUUUGCCGAAGCUUCUGCUAUCUUCCUCCAAAUGAAGUGA